AUGAUCGGUGACCACCGACUAUUGGUUUUUUUGGCGCCGGUUUUCCCCUCUACUCUUCGUUUUCGUCCAGUUAAAGAAGGCGUUAAGAAUCAUCCAGGGGCAUUAUCGUCCAAAGGCAAGCGACCAACCAAACGUAUCACAAACGAAGGGAAACAAAAAUCAUGUCAGCUUAUUUCUGAAGGUCAUAACAGAUAUUGUUCGAUGCCUAAUCUUCAACUAAGAAUCAGGUCUUAG